AUGAAUCACGCUUUAAGGCGCGUAACCUUGAGAGCAUCACGACUACAACAGUCAUUUGCGAAACAUCAAUUACCAGCUGUGUAUCCGUACCGUUGCGAAGCUGCUUCAUUACCAUUUCAACGUGCUUUUACCACAUCGAGAUGCUUCAGGCAAGAGGCUGCCGCGGAACAAGAAGAUGCAGCUAGGAGGGACGACCUGAGCGAAAAGGCUCGCAAAAGAGAUACGAAAAAGGUCACUUCAGGUUCCAGUGCUCAAACAUUAGAGAAUGAUCGGCCAUGGCACAGAGCAGACUCUGGGUCAGAGCCAGAUGCGCCAAAGGAUGUUCCUGAGAAUAAGGACAUGAAAAAGGGACGUCUUCUAACUACCCCAACCCGCCUACUGAAGCUCAUUCUACCAAUGCCCUUCCAUCCCGAACAAGAACACGUCAAUAGGCCAGUGAAUGGCGAAGUGGACGACGCAGGCGAAACGGUCGAGCCACUGGCUCUUCUUAUUCAUCCCCAUCAGCCACUUUCGUACCUCGAGCGAUUGAUCCAAGCCGAAAUCCCUCCUGUUCAAUACAAGGGCCGCGAAAAGCUUCCCGACAUUGUUUUCCGAGCCGAAGCUGACCAAGAGGAACAAGACGGAAAGAAGGAAAACAAGAAAAAGAAAAAUGAUAAUGCCAAUGUCGCAUCAUACUCUGGGCUCGGCCACGAAGGUCCUACUAAUAAAGAGGCCAACUGGGUGCGAUGGAGUGGUAGCACCGAGAUCGGAGAUUUUAUCAGAGAUGCUGCUCGUGGUCGCGAAUUUGCAAUCAACGUUGAAGGAUUUGACAAAGAACUCCGAGUUGCCGUACCGAGUUUCAGAGACCGUACAUACUAUAUGCGCAUGACUUUGCGACGCAUGUCACGCAAUAUCGAGUCCAUGUCAAAGGUCAAGAACGAAUGCGACGCGCUGGCUCACAAGGGAGCGCACCGUCUGGCACAAGGAGGUUUCGCGGCUCUGGCCGGAUGGUGGGGAGUCGUUUACUACGUUACGUUUCACACCCAGGCGGGAUGGGACUUGGUAGAGCCCGUCACCUACCUCGCUGGCCUGACGACUGUCAUGGGUGCCUACCUUUGGUUCCUAUACAUCAGCCGUGAUCUCAGCUACAAGGCCGCUAUGAAGGUGACAGUAUCCAAGCGACAGGCAGCACUGUACCAAGAGCGCGGCUUUGAUCAGAGCAGAUGGGAUCAGCUUAUCCACGAGGCCAACGAUUUGCGAAAGGAGAUCAAGAUCAUCGCGAGCGAGUACGAUGUUGAUUGGGAUGAGAAGAAGGACCUCGGAGGCGAGGAAGUCAAGAAGGUCCUCGAGGAAGAGAAGCAGGGUCGCGAUGGUACCAAGGUGACCGAGGGUGAGAGCGAUGAAGGCCCCGGAUCAUCUGCCGAGAACAAGAAGAAGCAGUAA